UUAAGCCUCAAACGAAACUAACAGAACCCACCAGAGCCAUGGGGCAGUGCACAGCCCGGACGGCCCUGAUGGCAUUCAAUCUGCUGUGCUUCCUGUGUGGCAUGGCGCUACUCAUCACCGGUCUGGUGCUGUGGAAUUCCAUGGACACGGUCAAUCUGAACGAGAAUGUGGCUCUGCACGUAUCCAACAUCAAUGUCGUAUUCGGAAUUUCCAUCGUCCUGGCAUCGUUGUUGGGUCUUUUCGGAAUCCUGAAGACUUCCCACCGGCUGUUGUGUAUCUACGCAAUGCUUCUGGUCCUUCUGAUCAUCGCCCAAAUAACGCUGACCAUCGAGAUAAAUUGGAGCAAAAGACACCAGGACGAUAUCCGUAAGUCGUUCGAAGCGGUUUUCGCCAGAAAUAUGUACAUGAGGAGGGAACCUCCGAUGGAGCUCGUUAUCAAUCGGAUUCAACAGAAGUACCAGUGCUGUGGGUUGCAUUCGGCCGCCGAUUGGGGAACGAUUGUGCCCCGGUCCUGUUGCAAACCGGGAACUGCUAGAACCGGCUGUGUUCCGUUUAGUUCCGGAUGUAAGUCCAAGAUGGACCAAGCUGCAUCCGACGUGGCAACCACCAUCGGAUGGGGGCUUUCCGGGACCGCUGUGGUAGAAUUUGUUUCGCUUGUUUUAACUUAUGCGGUGAUCGGUGAAAUUUCCUAGAGGAAAAACAAGAGGAGAGGGCUAUUUAUUUUGAACU